UCCUACUAACCUAAACCCUCCUCCCUACACCAUCCACGCACUGAGACCCUGCAGUUCUGCCUGUCUAACUGACCCUGUGGGUGGAACAGGAAGAAUUUCAGACAAUGCUACCAUGGAGGUCCUGGACUGUAAUCUCUUACCUAGCAGCUGAAAUUUGGCCUCCAGCAACUCUCUUACCUUUCUCUAUGUCACUGGUACCUACGCGUACCACGACCACUGGCUUCUCUCCAGCACUACACAUAAUCCCGUUGUCUUGAGUGGUCCACAACCUUUACACCCAGCAGGCAAUUCAUGAUGCGGUUCUCCCAGUCAUCACAACCCCAGCUAUCUGUAUUUCUAAUAAUCGAAUCCCCAAUAAUAUAUUACCUCUCUCUUCCUCAGUGCCAGCAGAUACAUCAUCUGGAAGGAGGGUCCCUCCGCCGCCCCAGCUUGAUGUUCUCCUUCCUGGAGACUUUCAUCCUCCUCAACAGCACUGAGGCUGUCAGACCAGGGGUGGGACCACCCUACUGUGUCCUGAAAAGUCUCCUCUAUGUACCUCUCUGUGUCUCCCUGUGCUCCUCCAGUUCAGCCCCUCUGGUCUCUAGAGCCCGUACACAGUCUCUGAAGGGUAGGAGCUCCUUACACCAAAUCCACACAUACGCCGCCUGCCCGCACGGAUGGUUCCCCCACCGCCCGUCAACAAGCCCCAUGCCUGCCUUUCCACUGUCCUCAUCAUGAGCAGCUUAGUGCUGAUGGAUGCUUACCUGGUGGAGCAGAACCAGGGCUCCAGGAAACUGGGCAUCUGCAUCAUGGUCUCGGUGGGCGACGUCUGCUUCCUUCUGGUGCUCCGGUACAUGGCGGUCUGGGUUGGGGCCGAGGUGAGGACAGCCAAGCGCGGUUACGCCAUGAUCCUCUGGUUCCUUUAUGUCUUCGUGUUGGAGAUCAAGGUCUACUUUGUCUACCAGAACUACAAGGCUGACCGGAAGAGCCUGGACCUUCUGGCACGCAAAGCCCUGACCCUGCUGCUGUCCGUCUGCAUCCCAGCCCUCUAUGUGCUGCUGGUGGCCACUGAGCACAUGGACUACGUCCGGACAUUCAAGAAGAAGGAGGACAUCCGCAACCGCCUCUUCUGGGUCAUCAUUGACAUGCUGGAUGUGCUGGACAUCCAGGCCAACCUGUGGGAGCCCCAGAAGAAAGGGCUGCCCCUCUGGGCCGAGGGCCUGAUGUUCUUCUACUGCUACAUUUUGCUCUUGACUCUCCCUUGCGUGUCCCUGUGCGAGAUCAGCAUGCAAGGGUUCAACAUCGUGCCACACCGGAUGAUGCUUUAUCCCCUGCUGAGCCUGCUCACUGUCAACAUUGCCACUCUCUUCAUCCGGGGGAGCAACAUGGUCUUCUUCCGGGAUGCCCGGGUCUCGGGCAUCUUCAUGGGCAAGAACGUGUUGGCCAUCGUGCUGAAGCUCUGUAUGUUUGUGCAGUACCGGAAGCAGCUGCGCCGCGAGCCGGCGGGGUUCAAUGCCGAGCCCCAGCACAGCGUCGCGCCCCAGCCUGCCCUGCAGCUGUUGAAAUCCCAGAACCAGAUGCCCGGCCCCGAAGUGCUGGGCCCAGAGAACACGUGACCUGAGGCAGGCACCGCAGACUGGGCAUAGAGUGAUACCUCUGUUUGGGGUUGGACCCUAACAAUGGCAGAGUACCGGCGCUUGCCGAGCCCCCACCCAAUGCUGGUUUCUCCAGGAAGUCUGUGAGCGACCCCUCCUUGCUUUGCAUGGACAAACUGACCAGUCACAUCCUAGCUGAGCAUGGGGCUGGGGAACAGCCAAUGGUAGCCAGCCCUUGAGGCCAGCUGGCGGACCCUGUAGAGAGGCUAUCGAAGGGGAACAGGCAGUGCCAGGCGACAGGGUCUAUCCCUGCUUGCUCCCCUGUAUUCCUUCAAUUGCGAGGGUGUCGUAGUGUGAUGGCUCUGUGGUGGGCCUGCUGGGAAUGUCCUGGGGGGACACAAUCUCUAUGGACUCUCUGCACAGUCACUGUGAGGUCAGAGUCAGACGAGGAAUCUAACAGUGCCGGAGGGCACCCGUUCUGCCCUCAAUUGUGUCUUCUGGGCCCUUCUCUCUGCACGCCCACACGUUCCCCCUAACACACAUACUCCGCUGCCUGUUCCCUCUUCGGGAGUGCAGGAUCCCCCAGGGCAGUGGUGCUGGAGCUGCCCAGCCCCCAGACGCCCAAUGGGACUCUCUGGCUUGUGGGCCUUCUUCAUGAGCAUCUUCCUUUUUCCAAUAAAGGAGAGUCCAAGCCC